UAGCUGGUUGGACACAUCAAUAGAGAUUAAUUAUCUGCCCUUAAAUUUAAAAAGACCUCCAAUAAUAAACCACAACCUUUCAAAAGUGACACUCAAAUAACCUCCCCUUAAAUUUCUGUCAAUAAAAGGGUGUUAUUUCAAUGAUUUCAUAAGGAAACGACAACCUAAAACUCAGCCAAGGUAUACUCAAUACGUGUGGUUCAAAUUGCUCAUAGCUAUUUUCCAAAAAUAACUAAAAACAGUCUUGUGAGUUUUUGUUGUUGCUGUUUCAUCAAUCACUCUCAUCCCGUAAUGGUCUGUUAUGGGUUUUGUUAUUCUCUAGCUCUGCACAAUUAACAUGCAACGUUUUUUUUUUAUAGGCCUAUUCCUAUACAUGCUGAAUUUUCAAUAAUUCAUGCAUGUUCUUGCUUAUUGGCUUUUGGCCUAAGGGGAUCUCUGGAGAAACAUAGAGAUUAGAGAUAAUGGUUUCUUGAAAAGUUUUUCUUUUAGAUUCUCCACAGAGAAAUGUUGCAGAGAGCAGCAAGCAAUGCAUAUUCAUGGUGGUGGGCAAGCCACGUGAGGACAAAACAAUCCAAAUGGCUAGAAGAAAACCUCCAAGAUAUGGAAGAAAAGGUAACAAUGACCCUGAAAAUCAUAGACGCUGGAGGAGACUCUUUUGCACAAAGAGCUGAAAUGUACUACAGAAAAAGGCCAGAACUGAUCAACUUUGUUGAAGAAAUAUUCCGAGCUUAUCGAGCAUUGGCAGAGAGAUAUGACCUUCUUUCACGAGACCUCCAAAGCGCCAACCGAACCAUUGCCACUAUCUACCCUGAAAGAGCUCAUGAGUUGGCCAUGGAUGUUGAUGAGGAACAAAAGCCUUCUCAAACUUCAACUUCAAAAGCUGACCAAUCCGAACCAAGUGUCCCCAAAGUUCCAAAGAUACCAAUGGCUAAGGAUUUCAGGAGACCAUCUAUGGCAAUUUCAAGAAAAGAGACUCAGCUUGGAAGGAUAUCUAGCUCAGUGAAAGUGGUACCAAGUUCAGGGCUAAAUAGAACAGAGGCUUUGGAGGAAAUUGAUAAUCUCCAAAAGGAUAUUCUUAGGUUCCAAACAGAGAAGGAGUUUGUAAAGAGUAUGUAUGAAAAUGGUUAUCAAAAGUUUUGGGAGAUUGAGAAUGAGAUAACUGAAAUGCAGAAAAAGGUUAGUAGUUUACAAGAUGAGUUUGAUAUCCAAACUGUUAUUGAAGACGACGAAGCUCGGUCUAUAAUGGCAGCCACGGCUUUGAAAUCGUGUCAAGAGACUUUGGUUAAGUUGCAAGAGAAGCAAGAAAAGUCGACGGAAGAGGCUUUAGUUGAGCAGCAAAGGAUCAAAGAUGCUCAGGAAAAGUUUUCUAGAAUAAGAGCAAAGUUUCUUGGGAAAGUAGAGACCAAAGUAGAAGAUGAGGAGGAGAUUGUUGGGAUGGGAAAAGAUGAAAAUGAUUUGAAGAUGUUGAGGGAAAUGAUUAUGAAAAAGCUUAAUGUGGAUUCAAAGGCUACUCUUACUGUGACUGAACUAGCUGAGAAGAUUGAUGAGGUUGUCAACAAGGUUGUUAGUCUCGAAACUGAGGUUACUUCACAAACUGCUUUGGUAAAGAGGUUAGGUUCAGAGACUGAUCAGCUUCAAGAAAAUGUAAGAAGCUUAGAAAAUGAAAAUGAGAAUUUGAAGGAAGGAUCAAAUAAGUUGAGAAUGAAGCUUAGAGAGUUGGAGGAAGAAUUGAAGAGAAUAAAAGCACUAAACAGAAGUCUAAAACUCCAAAACAGCAAUCUUCAAACUCAUUUCACAGAAGCCAGUUGCAAUAUUGAUCAUCUUUCUGAGAAGUUGAAGAGUGUGAAGCAGGACGAGGAGGUUGAUGAGCAUAAACAAGGGAUAAGCAUUGAAGAAGUUGAGGUAGAAAAGAAUGAAGAAGAAAAGGAAGAUGAUUCUUCAGUUCUUGGAAACUCGGCGGAAAGUCAAACCAAUCCAAGCAAUAGUUCUGACACUGUGAGUGUUGAAGUAGAGGAAGAAAAGCAGGAGGUUGGAGAAGAGCAGAAAGAGUUGGUUGAUGAGCCAAGUGAUGUAUUGGAUGUAGAGAAGGAAAGUGAUGAGGCUGGUAAUAGCGCUAGAUCGAAUUGGAGGCUGUUGUUCUUGAAAGGUUUAGAGGAUAGAGAAAAUAUUUUACUACAGGAGUAUACUUCAGUUCUUCAAGAUUAUAAGGAAGUGAAGAAGAAGCUGAGUGAAAUGGAGAGCAAGAACCGGGAGAGCAUAUUUGAUUUGGCAAUACAGAUAAGAGAAUUAAAGAGUGAUGUAGCCUCUAAAGAUGAUGAGAUCAAGAGCUUAAAACACAAGUUUGACUACCCACCACAGAUGACUCCUGAUGGAAGUCCAUUUACUUACAACACAGAUUAUAAGUACCAAGCAAGCCAGGAUGCUUCAGGUGAGAGUGCAAAUCAAACCCCAUUUCUAAAUUUGGACUUGGAAUCGGAUUCUGGUGAGCUCGGUGUCCAAACUGUUAAAACCUUGGAAAAACUCAUGUCAGCAACAGAAGACUUGAAAACCUCUAAUGAAAAUGAGGUGGUGGAAGAGACAGUGGAGAAGAAUCAGGCUCCUGUACCCCAUUCUGUUUCGUCUGUUGAAGAUAAGUUCCGAUCAGAUAUUGAUGGAUUGCUGGAGGAGAAUCUCGAGUUCUGGUUGAGGUUCAGCACUUCAGUUCAUCAGAUACAGAAGUUUGAGACUUCAAUAGAGGAUUUACAGUUGGAUUUAUCAAAAUUAAGGGAGAAAAAUAACAAGAAGCCAGAAGGCAUAAUAGGCUCCAAACAACACUACAUACAAACAGAUGCCAGGCCAAUAUACAGGCACUUGAGGGAAAUCCAAACUGAGAUGGCACUCUGGUUAGAACACAACGCUGUUCUACAAGACGAAUUGCAGGGCAGGUUUUCAUCCUUGUGCAAAAUCCAGGAUGAGAUAUCGAGGAUCUCCCGUGUUGAUUCUGAAGUUCAAAAGACCAAGCUUAGCAAAUACCAGGCUGCAAAGUUUCAAGGAGAAGUUCUCAACAUGAAGCAGGAGAACAACAAGGUUGCAGAUGAACUGAAACUGGGUCUUAAUCGUGUGAAGGGACUCAAAGUUGAAGUGGAGAAGACUCUGCGGAAACUCAAUGAAGAUCUUGGGAUUUCAACUGCAAAGAAUGUCCACUGCAGCCCCGCCAAACAUCCAGCUAAUAGGCCAAGGAUUCCAUUGAGGUCUUUCUUGUUUGGUGUGAAGUUGAAGAGGCAAAAGGCAUCGAUCUUCUCGUGUGUGAGUCCGCUUCAAAAACAAUAUAGUGAUCUAGCAAUAGCCGGACCACCACCAAUCUAAAUCACCUUUUAUCAUUUCUUUCCAUUUGUGUUAGUUGUAGAUUGUAAUGCAGAUAGGAAAUGCAGAAAAAUCAUGUUCUUUCA